CUUCCUCCUCCUCCUCCUCCUCCUUCUCCUCCCUUUCCUCCCACCUCCUCCUCCUCCUCCCCGUCCUGCUCCCAGGAUGCGUGGGGCCGUCCCCAGGCUCAGCCUGACGCUGCUGGCGGCGGAGAGCGGCGCCCGGCUCUGUGCCAUCAUCCACUACCUUGUCCGGGGGCAGCUGGGCUGGUUCGGGCUGACCGUGGCCUGCCUGGUGCCCGGCUACACCGCCCAGCUCCUCAGCAUCCUCUGGUUCCGGGCAGACGGACACACACCCGGCUGUUGCCUCCUGGCGCUCCACCUCCUGCAGCUGGGCCUCUGGAAGCGGUACUGGGAUGUCCUGCGGGUGGCGGCCAAGACGGGCAGCGGUGACGGGGAGCUGCUGGCUCAGCUGGGGGAUGUUUGUGUGCUGCGGCUCCUGGAGGCCCUGCUGCAGACCCUGCCUCACCUCCUGCUCCAGACCUAUGUCGUGGUGGCCGUGGACCCAGCAGGUUUCAUCCCUGGUGUCAGUGCAGGGCUGUCCCUGCUGUCCCUGGCCUGGGCUUUGGUCUCCUACAGCCACUUCACCUUCCUGCUGAAGCCUGGACACCUGAGCCCACCAGCUGCUGUCAUCCUGUGCCUGCUGCUCUGGAGGACAGGGAUGCUGGGGACCCGGGUGCUGGCCCUGGUGCUCUUUGCCAGGCUCUAUUCCUUCUGGGUUUUCGCUGUGGCAGGGGUGCACUGGCUGCUCAUGUCCUUCUGGCUGGGAGCCCAGCAGACAGAUAUUGUGGCCCAGCCAUGCCGCUGGAGGCUCUUCAACUGCCUGCUGGGAGCUGUGUACAUCUUCUGCUACAUCAACGUCCGGCCCGGCCCCUCCAGGACCAGGGUGGCCGUAUUCUAUGCAAUAAUGCUGAUGGAGAACACACUCCUGCUGCUGUUGGGCACCCAGUUCCUGCAGGUAGAGCUGAGGAACAGCCUGACUGUGACUGGGGCUGUCAUGUCAGGGUCUUUAAUAGGUGCCACAGCUCUGGUGAUUUACUACAGCCUGCUCCAUCCCAAGUCCACAGAGAUCUGGCAGGGAUUCCUGGAGACAAUGUGCCGUUCUGCUACAGCUGGGGAUGAGGAGGUGUCUGGAGAGAGCUCCCAAGCUGGGCAGAGUUCAGGGACUUUGGGAGAUGAGGAGUCCUUGCCAGUGGAAGAGACCAAGACAGAGCCCAAAAACGAGACCAGCUCAUCGCUGCCACAGUCCAAAGAGUGUUUGGAGGACAGCUGGACAGACCAUCACCACUGGCUGCUGGUGAAGCUGGCCUUGAAGACAGGAGAUCUGUCCGUGAUCAACGCAGCUUUUGGAGAUGGUGGUGUGGGAGAGGCUUUUCCUGGAGGAUGGAUGAUGGGGAAACCCCCUGGUGCUGAGCCCAGGGCAGACCUUUCCCUCCCCAUGAGGGACAUCCAUCCCUCUGGACUGGCAGUGGGGAAUGGAGGAGGCGUCAAAGCCAGCACUGGUGCUCUGGGAAUGGCACAGGAGGAUGGAGAAGGGCAGGAGCCUGAUUUUCCCCCAUCCACAUCCCACCCCAGUGGCUUCUCCCCGGAUUCAACCGAGAGCUCCUCUGUGUAUUUCAGUGCAAGUGCAGGAGGCAUCACCUCACCUGGGACAGGGGCAGCCACCGCCACAAGCAUGGCCUUGGUGCAAAGGGACAGCAAAGCUCAGCCUCCCCCAGGCUGCCUGGGAGAAGGAGGAGGAGGAAGAGGAGGGAAUUUAUCCCUUGGGAUGGCCAGCAUCAGCCCAAUCGUGGGUACUUGUGCCCACAAGUGUCUGCAGAGAAGCUCUUCCUUUGGCAACACGGGCAGCUGUGGGGUGGCAGGUCUCCCCAAAGAGGGCUCAGAGCCCACAGGGACAGAGGGUGCCCUUGUGGGGUGCCAUCACCUUUGGGACACCCACCCUUGUGGCCCGCAGGGGACUGUGGUGAGGAGCAAGCUGAGGUCACCUUGCUUCACCUCCACCCCCAAGGCUGGCCCUAAAUGCUCCCAGCGAGGACUGGGGGAGCUGGGAGAGGUGACAGACCUGUCUGGGUGACCAGAGUGACCCUGUAAAUGGCUGUACUGUCACCUUGGGCCAGCCUUGGGGUGACUGUCUCAUCAUCAGGGCAUGGCAGGUGGUGGUGGGACAAAGACUGUCCCCACAGUGCUCCUGCCAUGGGGCAGAGUGCUCCUCCAUCACUGGGACAUCACCUUCUCUCCCAGUACAUCUUCUAGAGGCGGUCCUGAAGAACUUCAAAAGCCUUAAAAAGCCCUAAAAGUCCAGGGCUGGUUAUUUAUUGAGCUUAUUUAUGUCACAGACCUGCCAGGCAGCUGGAACCUUCUGCCUUUGGUGUAUUUGUGACAAUGACUUGAGGUGUGUCUUUAAACCAGUGCCUGCACAAGCUGCUGGCCUGUCCCAGUGUGGAGAUCUGGUUGCUGUCUCCAGGGGCUGCAGUGCUGGCCAAAGCAGUUUUCUCAGGACAAAUAAGUGCCUAAAUCAGAAAAAUGAUGGGUUUUACUCUGGGAUGUCCUCUUUUUCUGGGCAGAGUAAAGCCUCAAGUAAGGCUCAGCACUGCUUGAUUGUUUUUCCCCACCAGGUUUAUCUUGAGGCCUUUGCCAACUCCAUUUUUGGGGGUCACAUAGGAUUGCAGAUUCUCUUCCUGCUGCAGACCAGAACCUCAGAACCUGGAAUUACAACCAAAAGCCAUGUCCUGCUGCUUGCCCACUGUCUUCCCUACUCAAGUGGUCUUUUCUCUCCAGCCUCCUUCCAGCUGAAGAUCAUAGGACCCCAAAAUUAUUUGUAUUGGAAGGGCCCUUAAAGUUAUCCAGUUGCAACCUCCUGCCACAUGCAGGGACACCUUCCACUAGACCAGGUUACCAGGUUGUAAUCCACAUCUGCCUGGAUGCUUCCACCUAAACUUAGCCUCAGGCCAAAUCUUAAACCAGUUCUACCCCCACCAUAAAACCUGCAGUGCAUGCAGGGUUUAUUUGUGUCAGGAACUAAAACCACCAAUAUCAUGGUCUCAGAAAUAGCCAGUGCUUCCCACCAGGCUGGCUGGGCAUGGAUUUGUGCCCAGGGCACAGGUUUGUUCCCAGGACAUGGCUUAACAUGUUAAUUGAGGUGUGAUCAGCUGGAUUCACCACCAGGCUCCUGAGUGCCAGCUGGAGCACAUCUGGCUGUGCUCUCCAGCUGUUGUCCUGCUGUGGGCAGGACUCUGCUGCUGCCACAGGGCAGGAAAGGCAGCAGGGAGGGCACAGGCAUGUGAUGAAUUAUUAAAAAAAGGCUUCCAUGAUGCAUUCACUGCUCAGGGCUGACCCAACCAGAUGUUCCCUUGGGGCACAGAAAACCCAGUUGGUGCUGAGUAUGGAGUGAAGCCACAUUCCAAGGGGAUGAAGGCUCCCUGUCCCCAUCUGGACCCCAGCCCCCUGUGCUGUGCCUGUGCUCUGCAGGCAGGAGCAGUUCCAGUGGCUUUUCCAGAGCCCUUCUCAUUGCGUGGAUCACAGAGAGGGCAGCAGUGCUGCCAGGCUGUUGCAGGAAUUUUUAUCUUGCUUGGUUUUCUACUUUUGAUAAUAUAUAAUUAUGCUUGAAAACACCCCAAACCAGCCUUUGCUGUGUCUGUGUCUCAUGGUGGGGGUGAAAAUAAGUGUGGAGGGGACUCUCUUCCCACUCUUGGCUCUUGCAGCCUCAGGAUGAGUUGUCUGUCAGGAUUUCCAGUGGGAGGGUGGAGAAGGAACCUGGGCAACAGGAUCUGGGGGAAUGGCAUGAAAAUGUGUCAGGGAAGGUUAAGACUGGGUGUUAGAAAAAGAUUCAGAAAAAGUUUCAUUCAUGAAACUCUCCCACAGGCCAGUCAGAAAGGAAACAAACAAUUUUGAGAAAAUAAAGAACACUUUUGUACACA